AUGGCUUCUUCUAUUGAAACCGGAGGGGCGUGGAGCACCAUGGAAGAUGUUUCUUUGUGUGAGGCUUGGCUCCGAGUUUGUCAUUGUCCCGUGACAGGCAAUGAGAUGAAAUUUUUCCAUAUGUGGAAAAAAAUUCAUGCCGAAUUUUGCGAAAAAAUUCCGGACUCGCCUCGUACGGAAAUGGCAUUGUCGAGUAGGUGGAAACUUCUCAACAAAGAGAUGGCAAAAUGGAGAGAUGCCUUGGCAAAAGCGAUGAACUUGUAUAGAAGUGGGGAAAAUCGUACUAACGAGCUCAUUCAAGCACAGAUGUGGUUCGGUGCAACCGGGGGUGGCAAAAAAAGGUUCACCCAUCAUGAAUGUUGGGAGGUGGUGAAAUAUUGUAAACGGUUCAUAAUUAUUCCCACGGGUCCCGACGUUGUGUUAAACGAGACGCCUCUCCGUGAUUCAACGACAUCGGAUUCACCUCUCGAUUCCCCUAUGAGUGAAGACUCACCCAUCCAAAAAGAACCGAGGCCCAUUGGCCGAAAGGCUGCGAAGGCAAAGAAAGCGGGUAAUUCAAGCAAUUUUAAUUCAAAGUUUUUGGAGGAAAUUGCAAGGCAAAACUCCAUAAGAAUUGAAAUGGAGCAGAAACGCCAAGAUAUGGAGGUGGCAAUUCAAGCCGAACAAUCACGAGAAAAGGAGUAUUUGCGCAAAAAAGAUCAGCAGAAGACGGAUCGGGAAACCAUGGCAAUGGAUACAAGUCAUAUGUCCCCCGAAACAAAACAAUAUUGGAAGCUAGAACGGAGGGAUGUUAUGAGAAGAAGACUUUUCCAAGAUGAUGGGCCUAGCAACACGGAUUGGUUAAAUGAUCAAAACCAUUAA